GCAAGCAGUCUGAGAGUCUCCAUUGUUCAUUCUCUUACUGGUAAUAUGCACUUCUCACUCGCUGCUCUUUUCCUUGCUCUGCCAGCAAUCGUAAACGCCAUCCCGUCGCAUAAGUACGAUGCACGUUUUGCCGCUCUUACGGUGAAGCAUGCUCAGGUCGCCCAGCGCAUGGCGAAUCCGCUUGCUGGCCGUAUGGAGCUUGGCUCGAGGCAGUCAAGCUGUACUACCCAAUGCUCCAGCACAGCGGACAAAAACGGAAUUACCACCUAUAAUGCGUGCUCUUCUACCGAUCCUGUUUGCAUCUGUGACGCCCUGGAGAGUCUCAGUGCCACUUGCUUGACCUGCGUGCUUCCUGCUGCUGGUCUCUCAGCGUCUCAGUUCAGCGAAAUCUGCGGCAACGGCGCAACAACUACUCAAUGUAAUUCACAGUGUUCAGACGCAACGGACACAGCGGCGAACCAGGCUGCUGACCUAUGCACAACCUCAUCGAUUGAAGACCCUUGUGUCUGCUCUGCGCUGAACAAGAUGACCUCCGCCUGCCUUAACUGCCUGCUCCAAAUAUCGGGCAUCUCGAACACUCAGUUCAGUCAAGCAUGCGCCGCGGGUGGAUCAGCCGGUGGUUCAAGUGGAAGCCCUGUUGGAAGCCAGCCUACUGGAGGGAGCACUUCUUGCACUGUUACUGCGUGCACCAGUGUUUCCGACCAAUCAGGUAUCUCUCAGGGCGCGGAUUGUUCGUCAACAGAUGUUGGAUGCCAGUGCGCCUCGCUGGGGAAACUCAGCAACACCUGCUUGUCAUGUGUUCUUUCUUCAUCUGGUUUGACUAACCAAGAAUAUCAGGCGCAAUGUGCUGCGAGCGGCUCGGCGACCGCAACCGCAACUACAACCACAACUGCUGCCCCUUUUCAGCCAACUAGCAGUAGCAGCGGCGGGUUUUCGUCCCCGUCCUGCAACUCUUCGUGCGCCUCCUCCGCUGAUCAGGCAGCUAUCUCGCGUGGCAACGUCUGCAGCUCUACCGACGUCCUCUGCGCGUGCACCGCUUUCAAUUCGAUGGACUCUGCGUGCCUAACGUGCAUUCUCUCCUCGAACGGGUUAACGCAGAACGACCUCACCUCGCAGUGCGCAGCGGCAAGCAGCCAGGCAUCCGUUUCCUCCACUGCCAAACCGACUGGGAGCAAUCUGCCUAACACACAGAACCCGACGAGCGGGGCGCUGGCUGGGUUUAGCAUUGGCAUUGAGGGGAUUUUGGGUGCUGUGUCUAUUGCACUCGGUGCGAUGAUUUUCGUUUAAUUAUUUAGAGCGUUUAAUCUCGAGAUCUGUAUGUAUAGCGGUGUUGUUGUUAUGACCCUCCAUGAAGAUAUU